GCUGGCUCUGCCUCCAGCGCCACGCGGAAUGUGCGUGCGAGCAAUGCUCCAACGGCAGCUCCUCGCGCGGAGUCGCCGGGCGCCGGCCAAGGAGGCACCGACGAGGGCGAUGCCGGCAAACCGGCCAAGGAGGCAGAGGGACCACCGAAGGAAGCUCCGACCUCACCCACCAAAGCGACCACUCGCAAGGCAAGGGCGAAGAGCAGGACGCGGAAGAAAGAGCCUCCACCUGACCCAGGUCCAAAGUGCCAGCUCUUCUUCCUCCCACUC